AUGGACGACUUCAGCACCAAUCGACACGCAGAGAGUGCAUUGCGUCCUGAUGCUUCUUCGUCCUUACCCACUCGUCACCCAGACUUGUGGUUCAGUGAUGGCAAUAUAGUUCUGGUGGCUGGCGACUUUUACUUCAAUGUCCAUCGAGGUCUCCUCUGCCGUCAUUCCACUGUGUUGGAGGAAGCUAUCAAUGCUUUAGAUGCCGAGGACAGACACCCGUGCUUGAUUGAAGGCAACUCUGUGUUGGAGCUCGACGAACAGCCUAAAGAUCUCUGCCGCUUUCUCAUGGCUCUCUAUGAUGGAGUUUCUGGAAUUAAACAUGAUCACCUGGACUUUGAAAACGUUUCUGCUCUGUUACGACUGUCAACAAAAUACGCGGUGGAGCAUAUACGGAACGAUAUCUUACGCGGUAUGUCUGCAAUAUGGCCAAAGACACUCUCAGCUUGGGAAUUUCGCGAGGCGGAUGCCACAGAUGUUACAGGCAUCUACAAACCGCGCGCCGUAUACCCUCAUCCGAUACUUGUCAUAAAUCUGGCCAAAGAAACAGGAGCAACAGAGCUCUUACCAUCAGCUUUCUAUGACCUCUCUCGGUGCGCAGCCAGUGAAAUUGCCACUGGCUACCUUCCUCCGGGCGGGUCCGACCGCUCGGAACUCCAAAUUCUCUCCGACGAAGACCUGAUGAACGCCCUCCGCGGACGUGAACACGCGUCACGCUUCCUCUCCACCUUCGUAGUCAACGAGCUCGAAGGGCGGGACGCGUCUGCAGGAUGCGUGCACCGGAACGAUCCCGACCCCUUCCGCAAGCGCAUAUGCCAAGCCACGUUCGAGGCGACGACGUUUGAGAUCCUGCGCGACGUCAACGGGGUCGUAUUCCACCGCAGUUCGGACCCGCUCUUUGCAAUCAUGGAUGCAGAUCUCAUGCAGACAAGAUCAGAUUCGACGAACGGAAGUGGCAGGCUCAGCCUUCUCCAUCGUGCAUGUGAACCUUGCCGCUUGGAGUUUACUGCUGCAGUAGAUGCUGCCCGCGAAGAUAUGUGGCAUAAAAUACCUGCAUGGUUUGGGAUUGAAAUCGCUAAUUGGCCAUGA